ACUGGAAUUCCCACUGAUCGCAGUGGUUCACGUUGUGCUGUUGAUGCAGUCAUAUUUGUUUUGGCUUCAGUAAUACGGAAGUAGUGCAUCAGAAUGGUUCGAAUAAGUAAACACGCGUUGCGUCGGUUUAUCAAUCAAAACCUAUUAAUCACGCUAACGAUUGGUGGAGUGAUAAUCGGAAUAGCCCUUGGAUUGGGUUUGCGAAAUGUUGGAGAAGAUGAAAAUGUCUGGACUCAACGAAAUGUGAUGUACGUCAAUUUGGUUGGCGAUCUAUUCCUAAGGGUAAUCAAGGCUAUAAUAUUACCACUUAUAGUCACAUCUUUGAUUUCGGCCGUGGGAUCAUUGGAAACAAGUAUGUCGAAAAGAAUCGGAGGCAUGGCAAUUGUCUACUACAUCAUUACAACAAUCAUAGCAGUUAUGGAAGGAGUUGCUUUAGUGAUAACCGUGCAACCUGGGAAGCGAUCCAGCGAUGAGCAGAUGACGUCUGAUAGUCAAAAAACUAAUAUCACCACCGCAGAUACUUUGCUGGACCUCAUCCGUAAUAUUUUCCCACCUAAUCUAGUGCAAGCUUGCGUUGAGCAAUAUCAAACCGUUCUUACGCCACCGAAAGAUCAUCCAGACGAAACAGAUCUCGACAAAUGGAAUAUCAAUGGGCGCUUUGUUGACGGUACUAAUCUUAUCGGAAUCGUAGCUGCAUCAAUUGUUUUCGGAGUUGCGUUGAGUGCCGUUAAAAAUGAAGCACAAGUACUGUUGAAAUUCAUUCAACAGCUUUCGCACGCAGUGAUGAAGGUCACCGGUUGGAUUAUAUGGCUUUCACCGAUUGGCGUCCUAUCGCUCAUUAUGGCCAAGUUUUUAGAGAUGGAUGACAUAGCGGACGUAUUCAACAAACUUGGACUGUACUUUGCGGUUGUGUCGUGCGGAUUAGUCUUCCAUGGAGCUGUUACUCUUCCAUUGAUUUAUUUUAUAUUCACCCGCAAAAAUCCGUACCCAUUCCUCGCGAACAUGGGACAGGCCUUGACAACUGCUUUCGGUGCCUCAUCUAGUACGGCAGCGUUACCAGUAACGAUUAAGUGCUUGGAAGAAAAGAAUCACAUCGACCCUCGCAUAACACGUUUCGUUAUUCCAAUAGGGACCACUAUCAAUAUGGAUGGCACGGCGUUGUAUGAGGCGGUGGCGGCAAUAUUUAUAGCACAGAUGCGUGGAGUGGAAAUGUCAUUCGGGAAGGUUCUAGCUGUGGCUAUCACGGCAACUGCAGCCAGCAUAGGAACAGCGGCUGUUCCUCAGGGCGGUUUAGUAACGUUGGUUAUGGUGCUGGAUUCGAUUGGUCUACCCAGCGAAGAUAUUUCGCUCAUCAUUGCCAUCGAUUGGUUGGUAAAUCGUAUUCGAGCUGCAGUAAACGUUUUGGGUGACUGCUUCGGAGCUGGUAUCGUUGCCCAUUACAGUAAAAUGGAUCUCCAGAACGCCGAUGUGGAACUUCAAAAAUCUCCAGAAAACGUAACAUUAAGUGAGGAGAAAUAAAUUGUUCUACAUAAA